AUGGAUAAUCGAAAAAUUUAAAGAGUAUCUAACUAUGACAUGAUAAAAGAUAUUCUCAAGAUAGCAAUUCCAGCAUCAUUGGCAUAAUUGUCAUUUGGAAUAGUAGAUUCUAUGAAUCUCAUAUUCGUAGGAUUUUUAGGUGAUCCAACUCUAAUUGCUGGAGUAGGAAUUGGGACUGUUUACUUGACAGUUUUUGGUAUUAUUACAUUGUGUGGAUUAAACACCAUCCUUAGCACCUUAGUCUCUUAAAGCUAUGGCCAAGGAAAUCUCAAACUAUGUGGCACCUAUUUAAACAGAGGUAGAAUUGUAAUUACCCUCGCAUUCAUCCCAGUAGCAAUUAUUAUGCUGAAUGCCAAAUACUUCUUUGAAAUAACUGGGGUUUAAAGGAAAACCUCUGAAUAAGCUCAGCUAUAUAUUUGGUACAUGCUUCCAGGCUUAUUUUUAACAGUACAAUUCGAUUUACUCAGAGUAUUCGUAAAUUCUUUUGGAAAAACUUAUAUUUCCAUGUAUGUUCAGAUAAUCGCUUGCUGUCUUCAUUACUUAUGGAGCUACUUAUUUAUUAAUCAUUUUGGAAUGAAAUUAUAGGGGACUGCUUAUUCAAAUACUUUGACCUAAUUGACAAGCAUCAUUUUGAUUGUUAUUUUCAUCAACUUUGAAAAAGAUCUUAAGGCUGCAUUCUUCUGGCCUGAUAGUUAAUCAUUUGUUGGAUUAUGGAAUUAUACUAAAAAGGCAUUGCCAGCAAUGUUUCUUUGGGCAAUUGAAGCAUGGACUUUUGCAGCACAAACUUUAAUGGUAAGCACUCUCUCAAACGAUAUGGCUGCAGCCUAAUCUAUUCUUCAUAGUAUCCUUAUGCUAGCAUUCAUGAUCAUAACAGGAAAUAACAAUGCCGCAUCUGCUCUUAUUGGCAAAUUUAUUGGCUCAAAUGAAAUUCCUAAAGCUAAGGCAUAUCUAAGAGUUUUAACAUACUUUGGACUUUUCGUCGCGUUCAUUUAAUGGUUUAUAAUAUUCUUUUUUGGCAAGUAUAUCUGCUAAAUCUUUACUGAUGACUUGGAUGUUUAGAUUUUAAUUCAGAACACAACCAAUCUUUUAGCUUUUGCUGCUUUCUUCGAUUGCACUAUGAGUUGCCUAAGUGGAGUAAUCAGGGGUCUCGGUAUUAUGAAGAGGGCUUUAGUUGGAAUUAUACUAGUUUUUUACACUUUAGGAAUUCCACUUUAGUGCUAUUUGCUUUUUAAGAGAUAGAUGGGUCUCUUUGCCAUAUGGACAGGGAUGUUAGUGUCAUAGAUAAUUAUCAAUUGCUAUUAUCUAUACUUAAUCCAUAUCCACACUGAUUGGAAUAAGCAAGCAGAAGAAUCAGGUUAAAGAGCUAUGUAAGAAAAAAAUGAAGCAGAUGUGAGAGAUAAAUUGGCUAUUGAUAAAAAGUAAUAGCUAACGAAUAAAUUGGUGCUAUGA